AUGGAUGAAGCUUUUUGGAUACUGAAUAGCUACUUUGGCAAGGGAUUCACUACUUUAUUGACAGAAUGCUUCUGUCUGCCUUUCAGACAAAAUAAAUGCCCCGCUGAGAGUGAUGAUGAGGGUGAGGAUUUCAUAAUGGAGCACGAUCAUCAUGUUCUCACACCAGAGGAUCUGAACCAGUUUACCAGUCAAUUUUCUUCCGAAAAUCUUGUUGGAGUCACCGAGUUAGGAAAGCUCUAUCGUGGGAAGAUGCACAUUGGUUCUGAUGUCAAGGAUGUUGCUGUCAAGAUUAUAUAUGAUAAUAAAAACGUGUAUCACUAUACAGGCGACGACACACUGGAAAGAUUUGAGAAUGAACUCAAAAUUUUGCAAGCUUCAAGGAUUAGGGGAAAUCCCAACAUAGUGAAAGUGAUUGGAUAUUGUCGCGGGGAAAAGACCCUGGGGAUCGUUUAUGAUCUAAAUCCACAUGAUACAUUGGAGAACUUAAUUACUCGAGGUGACUUCAAUUGGAUGCAGAGGGUUAAGAUAGCCCUUACAUUAGCUCGCUUGCUUAAUUAUCUGCAUGAUAGGAAAUACCUCAUUCGCAACUUUGCUCCAUAUCACAUUAUGGUUGAUCAGGAUUUCACACCAAUUAUGUAUGAGUUUGGUCUGUUAGUUGGAGGGGUUCUACGUAAUAAAAUCAGUGCAUCGGAUUUUAGAUUGGCUCCAUAUGGCUACAUUGAUGGAUCCCUCGUUACACAUGGUCCUGAUACGUUUACUGUCAGGUCUGAUGUCUUUGCCUUUGGUAUUUUGCUCGUAAAUUUGAUAAGCAAAAGAGUUGUUGUGGAUACAAGAGAUCGAGACGAUGCAAUUAAUAUGUGGGUUUUGAGAGAGUUCAAGUCUGGGCGUUCAGUUGUCCACCAAACUCUUGUGGGUGAUCCAGGUUUUGAUCCUCUCGAUGGAACUAUAAUCACACAACUUGCAAUACAAUGUAUAGAAGAUAAACCAAAGAAACGGCCAAAUAUGAAAGAAGUUAUUGAGUGUCUGGAGACCUUACGUGUUGUGCAAGAGCAUGACAAAGAAGUUAACUCCUUCUAUAGAAACAACUCUAAUUAG